AUUCUGGAGGUGGGUUUGAUACAUAUCGGGAUGAAAGGUAGGGAGAAGAGACAGAGACUGACCGCGCCCCUUCAAAGAAUUACACACGCAAAUCAGGGGAGGGCUUGUCGGUUCUGUUCAUUAUUCUGGUGAGCGUUGUCUCUUCGAGAUAUUCUGGAGGCAGGCCGCUGGAACAAACGCGAUACAGUGGCUAGCAGGAGACCUCGCCAACCUUGCUGGCGGCGCUAUGGCACGCCUUUUACCAACCAUGAUCAUCCUGGCCGUAUACUACUCGGUCUGCGAUAUAGUCCUCCUUGUCCAGCUCUACUAUUAUCGGGCUACACAGCAACGCGACGUCGUGGCUUCAGAGUCACAACCUCUCCUGUCGCCAGAUGCCGAUGUCGAUCGCGAGACUUCCAAGGCGAAGGUCUCGCCUUACAUAACAUACCCUCUGCUCACGAUUGGUAUCGCUGUCGUCGGCAUAGCCUCGUGGUAUAUUCAGAGGUCUUUGGGCCAAGGCGGCCAAAGAGAUGGAGGAUUGCCCAAACUCGAAUGGAAGUCGCAGGUACUGGGUUAUAUUUCAGCUGCGCUUUACUUGGGCAGCCGAAUCCCUCAGAUUGCUCACAACUAUCACACCCGCUGCGAGGGUCUCAGUUUGGCCAUGUUUUUCUUCUCAAUCUCCGGCAACUUGACAUACGUUGCGAGCAUCUUGUGUAAAAGCCUCGAUCGCGAAUAUGUUUUGGCCAAUACUAGCUGGUUGAUAGGCUCGGGUGGGACUGUUCUACUCGACUGCAUCGUUCUCGCACAGUUUGUGUACUUUGCGCGGGGUCGCCCUGUCGACCCUUUUGAGGGUUGAGCACAACUCAAAUGAUGUAACGAUCAGAUUGGUUUCUGAAUGUAAUUACAUGAUGCUACACGAUUCCUUUCCAACCGGGC